AUGUCACAGCAGACACCCGCAUACGUGUCCUCCACCGGACACCUCACCAACCAACCUCUCACGAAGCGUCUGUACGAUGCCGUGAGCGGCUAUGCCACCAUUGGCUAUCUCUUCUUUGAGACCCUUGUUGCACCCCUCAUCAACCCCAACGGCCAGACAACAACAUCCCAGCAGACGCGCUCAGCUUCUUCUCCACGGGGCGAGGGCGGCCCCGGUACCCGUGGAGGAGGCUCAGGUGGUGGCGGUGGUGGUGGCUCCAACCCUCCCCGGGGAGGAGGCUUCAUGACCAUGGGUGACCUCCGCGGCGGUCAAACUGUAGACGGUUGCCGUGCGACUUGCGGUUAA